CGGUCGAUCAAUUUCAUUUGACGUUACCUCGGUAAAGGACAUCGAAGUCGACUACGGAUCGUUGCCGAUUUCGCGAUCGCUCGCGUGCACCAGGAUAAUCGAAGGGGUUGCAAGAGGGGAGGUUUCCUCGACGAGAUGACCGCGAUCGUUCUAUUGCUUUGUGCAUUCGCGUGGACGGCGCAGGGUGUAUCCACGUCCUGGCGACCGUCGUUUCCGGUCUCCGUGAGCAGCGUUCAUCCUCAGACCGCGGGGGUGUUCGGGGGAUCGAUCUACGACCCGGAAGCGGACAAGUGCACCCUGUACAAAGUUUCCAUGAAUCAGGAGCUCUACUUCGAGUACAUCCAGUACAAGACCGAGCUGCCGGACAUGAAGGAGUUCACCCUGUGCAUGUGGAGUAGGUUCCACAACCACAGCAACGACCAUCCUCUGUUUUCGUACGCAGUGGGGGAUCAACCGCGAGGAAUAUUAUCCUGGGUGGCGAACACCGCCAGGAGCUCCUACUUCAUGAUGAACGUGAACGGGCACAACUUGUACAGAUUGAAUUAUCCGCUCCGAUUGAACAAGUGGUACCACUCCUGCCAAAGCUGGAACGGCCGCACCGGCGAAUGGCAGAUCUGGGUCAACGACGAGCGCGUGGGUCGAGGGUUCAACAACAGGCUGGUCGGACACGUGAUUAAAGGCGGUGGGAUCGCGAUCACGGGGCAGGAGCAGCGACAGCUGGGCGGCGGCUUCUUGGAGGGCGAAGGUGCCCCUCCGGGCUCCGGAGGUCUUUUGGGAGAGAUAACGAUGGUGCAACUGUACGAGGUAGCGUUGACAGCAGGGAAAGCACAUAAAGAUCACAAACACCACCAUGCCCAUCAUUAUGAGCACGAGACCGGAAACAACACCCCAAGGCCCAUACGACCCCCUGUAACUGGUCCCCCUCUCCCACAGAAUCCCUAUCUAACCGGGGGACAAAUUAACCAUCAGAUAAAACUGAACCCUGGAGCUCCUGUGCAAAUCGUCCAAGGCGGAGUCACCCUCCGUCACCCAGCCCUGGUUCCCCGAGACCCACCCCCUCAACCCUUCCCUCCCGCGAACCCCUCCUCAGCCCCAGCCGCGUUUACUCUCCAAUCCUCCCAGUUCUUCGGCAACUUGCAGAGCGCGGUUAGCCCGCCGUCGUCGAACGGAAUCGGAGGAAACUUCCCCGACGGCUCGUACCACAAUCUCUUCAAGAGGGAGAAGAACUCGGUCGAAAAGGAGAGCGAAGAGAAAUCCUCGACGAAGAAGAGAGAAAUCGUGGAUACCAGCAUCGAACACUCCGACGGGAAGGUGACGUUCGUGCCAAGGGAAGAAAUCGAUAAAGCGGAGAAGGAGCUGGAGAAAAGGGGCUCGGAAUUGAAGAAACGAGAGCUGGUGCAGCUGGGGGAUGGAUUGAUAGUCGACGACAGAUACAUUUCCCAGGGACUGGACAACGACUACUUCGCCGGACUGACGAACUUCGGGCUCCAGUUACCGAAAUACGAGAACAAGGACGACGAACGGGAGCCCGCGGAGGCGGAGGUGAGGAUGAUCAUGGACGUCUGCGACGGCUGCGCCGAGGAGCCCUUCUCCAAGGCCCUCGUGAUGGCCUGGAGAUCGGUCCCGAAGAAACUCUACUCCGGCGCGCUGCAUCUCCCAGCCACCCCGCUGUGCAAAGCGUUCUGAAUCCGACCCAACCCCGCCAUCGCUGACACGGGAUCUCUUUCCUACGUGUUGCGAACUCGAACGCGAUAGCUCGAUCUGCCCGAGGAUCGAUUUCCUGGACGUAUUUAUCGCCACCUCGGAGGUGGCCCACGUUUAGAUCGGUGAACUUGUAGAAAAGCUAUUUGUUAUUUGCAAACGAAAUCGUAGGGGGAGUAGCUUUUCUACAAGUUCUCACCUUUAGAUCGUUAAGUUUCUGCGUACACGCGGUUAGGCUA